UUGAAAUCAACUCGAAGCCAGCAAGUAACCGCCAAGAAAAGCACGGACGUGGAAGACGUUUGCAACGGAAGAUGUUACGGUGUAUGAAGAUACAAGACUUAAACCCUCACAUUAUGUGUAUGCUGUGUGGUGGAUACUUAGUAGAUGCCACAACUAUUGUCGAGUGUCUGCAUUCGUUUUGUCGCAGUUGUAUCGUAAAGUACCUCCAAGCAUCUUAUCACUGUCCUGUUUGUGCUGUUGAGGUGCACAAGACUAAACCACUACUCUACAUAAGGCCUGACCGAACCCUCCAAGAAAUCGUCUUCAAACUCGUGCCUGGUCUCUAUCAAGCUGAACAAAAGCUUCGACAUGAUUUCGAAGAAAAUCAAAUAGAUGAAAGAGAAGAAAGCAAACCUUCAGGUAAACCAUUUUAUCACGACGAAAACGUAGUUCCGGGUGAUUUCAAGGAUGAAAAGGAAGUUGUGAUGGAGGAUCCGGUGUGUGUAACUCUAGAAUACUACAGGCGAAAAAGAAACUGGUUGGAAAAUCAGAUUUUUCCUACUCGUUAUCUCCGAUGUCCUUCCGCGGUGACCGUUGAUGUGUUGAAAAAAUUUCUGGUUGCAAAGUUUGCCAUUCCAAAUACACAUCAGGCUGAAAUAAUCCGCAGUGAUGAAAUCUUAGAUGGCCAGCUGACGAUGAGAGAAGUGUCCAGGAUAUACGGGUUAUAUGCUAAGUCUUUUCUGGAUCUGGAAUACGCCAUCUUGGAAGUCGGAGCGAAGGAGGAACCAACCCAACCACGAAAAGAAGACCUUGACAUUACUCGAUGGAAAAAGAUCAAGAUCAAAAAGAGAAAGAAAAGAAACAAGAAAUUGAAAGAAAUGAUAGCAACAGAACUAUUAACAAGAAAUGAGACUGUUACGGAGUCGAAAAGUGAACUACCAAGUUUACCGGAAGAAGAAAACAAACCUUUAAUCAAAAAUGAUAUCUUGCCAACAUUUCCCGACACCCCCCCGAAUGUUGAUCAUGUGCAGUGUUCGCCACAGAUCGAUUCUCCAGCCUAAAGUCACGUGAACAACGCAUGAUCGAUUACUAGGGCGAGACAGAGAUUAACUUGAAAUCAGUUUAAGUACUCACCAUCUACAGGAGCCAUCCAGUUGGACAUUUUAUGCGUUGAGAUUUCCGAUUUGAACAUGACCUUACGGAAACAGGAGAUAGAUUUUACGGACCAGUCAUUAUUUAGCGCGGGGGAGGGGUGGUUAGAGGAAUUUUGGGGAGGAGAGGAAUCACAUGGUUUUUAGAGAGAACGGAGGGGAUCAGUUGUCGUCACAGAGUUUAGAGGGGAACCAUAGAAAAUUCCCUUCCAAUCAGAGGGAAUCAUUUGAAUGCUACACAGCCUUAAGUAAAGCCAAAAGCCCUCCGACCCUCUCUAGGCAUAAAUAGUGACAGGUCCCUUAAGCAACCUAAAUUCAAGGGAAACGAAUGAAAAAGCGAUUCAUUCCAA